CUCUGUAACUUGCCAGUCUCGACUCUCGGGCUCGGCGUUGUUGCUCGGUGUAAACAGAAUUUCUCACAGAUCAUUUCAUAAGAAAAGGAUGUGUUAUGAAAGUAACAAUUAAAAGUUGGAACGGGGUUGCGACUUGGAGGUGGCUUGCGAACGAUGACACUUGUGGGAUUUGCAGACUAGCUUUCGACGGCUGCUGCCCCGACUGCAAAGUGCCUGGAGACGACUGUCCACUCGUUUGGGGCCAAUGUUCCCACUGCUUCCAUAUACACUGUAUUAUGAAGUGGCUCAACUCACAACAAGUCAACCAACAGUGUCCUAUGUGUAGACAAGAGUGGAAAUUCAGAGAAUAGUCGUUUCUUUUUUUACAACGGAAAUGUCUUCGUCGAUGCCAGGCUUGCCACCGUUACCAAAAAGCCUGAGUACCAUAAAUUUAAAUGAUACUGCGACCGAGAGUAAACGAAGCACCAGCUCCCAUAGUCAUAAGUUACCUCCUCCACCACCACCAGGUCCAAGACAGCCGCCACCUCCUCCGCCUCGUAAACAGACCAAACUUGAUGUCCAAUUGGCGAGGCUUCGAAAAGAAAUG